CGGUGACAUCCCCCUCCCCAGUGUACAAAGUGAAGGUGGUGGCGACAGAGGAGACAUCAUCCCACGACAACUACGUCAUGAACAUCCUCUCUGUCAUCAAGAUGGGCACCGACGAGGACCCACUUGGGAGCAACCGGACCUUCGUGAGCCACAAGCAGUGCCGGGACGCGCUGAGCCUCCAGAAGGGACAGGAAUAUCUGGUGUGGGGGCUGGCGUCCGACCUGUGGGUCACCGGCAGCCGCUUCUCCUACCUCAUCGGCAAGGACACGUGGCUGGAAGCCUGGCCCUUGGAGGAGUCGUGCCAGGACCCGGACCUGCAGGCGCUCUGCCAGGACUUCAUCGAGUUCUCCGAGGCCAUGACCAUGUUUGGGUGCCCCUCCUGAUGGGGUGUCACCUCCCCCCCCCCCUGUGUCCCCUCCC